ACGUCUGAAUGCCGUUCGUUAUUCACAAAAAUAAUACGCAGCGAACUCUAACAUAAAAUUACGUGACCGAAAAUAAAAAAAAUGGAUUUAAAAGAGAUUAUAAAGUGGUUCAUACCAUGUUUUCACCUGUUAUUAAACAUUUUCGCGAGGAAAUCGGACAUGCGUUUGACUUUUCCCUGUUUGUUUUUGCUUUUUUUUUGCUGCCCCAGUUUAGCGGCAAAAGUGAACCGCAGUGCUGACGCGAAUUUAAGUUUAAGUAAAAACUAUUUAGCUAGUGAUUAUAAUCAUACCAAAAAUGUAGAUUUAGACAGAAAUGAAAGUUUUAACGAAGACCAAAGUGUUGUUUUAUUAAGGAAUGUAGAGAAUUUCAUUGGACCGUUAGAAGACGAAAGCUCUGUAGGUCGAACCUUCGGGCGUCCCUUCAAGAAGAUGCUCCAAGCGAUGAUACCACUGGCCUUCCAGAUGGGCGCGGCCGCUACCUGGGCGGUGAUAGCAGCUCUUGUGGGCAUCAAGACACUGGCUGUCACGCUGUUCAUCGUCAAAAUCCUAUUAGUGGCUGGCGCUGCUAAGCUCGGUGCCCUGUUCGCGUCGAAGGGGCAUCAGGUUCAUCAGAGUCAUGGCUGGACGCCUCAUCAGAAAGAAAUCCACUUGCACAUUCACAAUAACGGUUAUCAAGGCCAUGGUACAGAACACGAAACAAUUAUUCCACCGUGGAGCAGAGAUGGUGUACAAACCCAAGCCGAAUCGAAACAUGUGAAUGUAGGUUAUGAUCCGUACGCUGCCGGUCCGCAAACUAUAAGCACGCCGUACGGAAAUUACGUGAAAAUUGACUCCGGACAACUAACUCAACAUACAGCAUAGUAACAAGAAUCC